AUGUUAAAAGGAUCGCGGUCAGAUCAGAAUGGAGGUCAAGAUAUGUUGGCCCUUACGGCCGUUGCGAAGAAGCAGAGUCAUCUUGAUAUGAGUGAUACAUCUGUUACUUCAGAGUUCAGCUCAAGGCUCAGAAUCACACACUUCACUAGACAACUCAUUGAUAGAAUGAUCACUUAUUAUAAGAAAGCUCCUGACUUGCAAGAUGAGGCUGAGAUCAGUUUUUGCCAGAGUAUGAAAUUUGAUGAUGAUGAGACAACAGAGAAACUUCAGAAUAAAGAAAAGCAGAGUUAA